CGCGGGUGUCGGCACCAGAGGCAACAGCUGCAGCAGCCGCGCCGCCCCCUCGCCCGCGGCUCCCGGGGUGAGCCCUAGCACGGCCGGCAGCUCGCGGCGCGGCAGCCCCAGGAGACGAGAAAGUUCCCGGCCGGAGCGCAGAGAUGCCGGGCAGCGACACGGCGCUCACCGUGGACCGGACCUACUCGGACCCCGGCCGGCACCACCGCUGCAAAAGUCGGGUAGAACGUCAUGACAUGAAUACCUUAAGCCUGCCCCUGAACAUACGCCGGGGGGGGUCAGACACCAACCUCAACUUUGAUGUACCAGAUGGCGUCCUGGACUUCCACAAGGUCAAACUCACUGCAGACAGCCUGAAGCAAAAAAUUCUAAAGGUAACAGAGCAGAUAAAAAUUGAGCAAACAUCGCGCGAUGGGAACGUUGCAGAGUAUCUGAAACUAGUGAACAGCGCGGACAAGCAGCAGGCGGGACGUAUCAAGCAAGUCUUUGAGAAGAAGAAUCAGAAAUCAGCUCACUCCAUCGCCCAGCUGCAGAAGAAGUUAGAGCAGUAUCAUCGAAAGCUCAGAGAGAUCGAGCAGAAUGGAGCCUCCAGGAGCUCCAAGGACAUUUCCAAAGACCACCUGAAGGAUAUACAUCGCUCUUUGAAAGAUGCCCACGUGAAAUCUCGAACUGCCCCCCAUUGCAUGGAGAGCAGCAAAUCGGGCAUGCCAGGGGUCUCGCUCACUCCACCUGUGUUUGUUUUCAAUAAGUCCAGAGAGUUUGCCAACCUGAUCCGGAAUAAAUUUGGCAGCGCCGACAACAUUGCUCACUUGAAAAAUUCCUUAGAUGAGUUUAGGCCAGAGGCGAGUGCCAGGGCCUACGGGGGCAGCGCUACCAUCGUGAACAAACCCAAGUAUGGCAGUGAUGAUGAAUGUUCGAGCGGCACGUCAGGCUCGGCCGACAGUAACGGAAACCAGUCGUUCGGGGCUGGUGGAGCCAGCACGCUGGACAGCCAGGGGAAGCUCGCCGUGAUCCUGGAGGAACUGAGGGAGAUCAAGGAUACCCAAGCUCAACUGGCUGAGGACAUCGAGGCGCUGAAGGUGCAGUUUAAGAGAGAAUAUGGUUUUAUUUCCCAGACGCUGCAAGAGGAAAGAUACAGGUAUGAGCGACUGGAGGACCAGCUGCAUGACCUGACGGACCUGCAUCAGCAUGAGACGGCCAACCUGAAGCAGGAGCUGGCCAGCAUUGAGGAGAAGGUGGCCUACCAGGCCUACGAGCGCUCACGGGACAUCCAGGAAGCCUUGGAAUCCUGCCAGACCCGCAUUUCUAAGCUGGAGCUCCACCAGCAAGAGCAGCAAGCUCUGCAGACAGACACGGUGAAUGCUAAAGUUCUCCUGGGGAAGUGCAUCAACGUGAUCCUGGCCUUCAUGACUGUCAUCUUAGUGUGUGUGUCCACCAUCGCGAAGUUCGUCUCGCCCAUGAUGAAGAGCCGCUGCCACAUUCUUGGCACCUUCUUUGCCGUGACUCUUCUUGCUAUAUUUUGUAAAAACUGGGACCAUAUCCUGUGUGCCAUAGAAAGGGUAAUAAUACCAAGAUGAAGCUGCUGGUUCCUGCCUUCAAGUUCUUUCAAGUUUUUUUUUUUUAAGGAAACUCUGUGCAUACUACCGAAUUUUACAAUGAAUGAUUGCGCGGACUCGUGUGCAAGAAAAACUAGGGCUGUGUGGUGUAAAUAACUACAGUUCUCUUAACUCGGUAGCAGUUGCCAACUCAGUCCUUGUACUUCGUUAACACGAAUCUAUGUCAGAGCUCUCCUACCUUGCUCACUGCCUUAAUCAGACCGAUUUCCUGCCCACCUGACUGGCCCAGCGUGGUAAACCUCUGUAUAUUGAGACCUUGGCGUAAUUGGUGAUCCAGAAGAAAGAGGUCUCUCUCCUAAGUCUCUGUCAGAAUUGAGCUUCACAAUUGCUAAUGGUUGUUUUCUGUGAGUCCUAUAAAAAGCAAGGAUAUGCAUGAUUCAGGGAAUGAAGAACCACAGGCUUGGGCAGUGUUAAACACUGUGGCCUUUGGUCCUCGUGUGAUCCACCCUGCUUGUCUCCAGGCAACCAUAGGUCCCGUCAUGUACUCAGUGUCCACAGUGGUCAGUCGUUUGUGACCCUGUAAGAUGGAAAUCUUAUCACACACCUGUUAUCCAACAAGUCUACCUGAGGGGUUUUGUUACACUUUAAAUGGUAAGACAUAGGGAUUUAUGAAUGGAGCUUUCCCCUUCUCAUACGCAGGCAACCAACACCUGAUUUUAUCUGAACUGGCUAGCAAAUGCCCAGCCUUCAGAGUGUGCAGGAAUGUUUUCAGAUCCCUCAUCAGACUGUGACUUUAACAUUAAUUUGGAAUCCUGUGAGCACUACUCUGAAGGUUUGUGUUUUGGCAAAUCUUUUUUUUUUUUUUUUUUUUUUUUUUUGAGACAGUGUUCUGCUAAAUAUUGCCCAGGCUGCUUGCAAACUCCUUGCCUCAAGGGAUCCUCCCACCUCAGCCUCCUGAGCAGCCAGGACUGCAGGCACAGGCCACCAUGCCUGGCUGUUUUUUGGCAAAUCUUGAUUGUGAUAAGCCCCCCUGGAGGAUAUGGUUCACUUUAUGUGAUUCAUUUUAUUCACAAGUCUGUGAGGGACUGCAAAGCUUACUCAGGACAUGAAAACAAAUGAUGGUCAUGUUGCAGUUUUUUCCUUGAAGGACGACGGAAUCGUAGCCUCUAAAGUUAAAGUGGACUGAGGUGUCAGAACACUGAAAGCAUGAGGAAACGAGGACAUGGGGUGUGACUGAAUGGCGGCUAGAUUCGUGGGGGCAAUUUACCUGGAUGAAGACUGAGAGUGUCCUUUUCAGGAUGUGAAAAGCUAGCAAGAGUAAAAUAAAUAAGUCCAGCGUUUGAGCCAAGGUUGCCCCCGUCUCUUAACAUCUUACUGAACCUAAGUCCUGAGGUACUAGGAUGGCCACACUGCCUCUGAGCUGAAAGCAUUCAAAAGUUCACAUCCCUGUUUGGGGGAUACCGUUCACCACCUUCAGCCCAGAUGAUACUUUCCUUUAAAUCUGUGUCUCUGUGUACAUAACAAAGAGGAAGAUGUAAACAACGUUCAUGGGAACUGCUGUUGAGCCCCUUGUCCCACCACUCGCACCAGCUGCUGCAGGCAGGAAGGCAUGUGAGUGCACAUUUUCUUCCAGAAGACAUCAGGUCUCCUGGAUUCAAAUUAAGGGCAAUAUUUUGCGAACAGCUCUUCUUAGGGAAAUCUCCUGAAGGAAAAAAAUGUGACAGAAUGUGCCAUAGUCUGAGAGAAUGGAAUAAUUGAGCAUUUAGUACAAAGUCCAGUGUAUAUGAGUUGAACUUAGGCAGCUCAAGCUUGCUUUUUUUUUUUUAAGUGUGCAAUUCAGUGGUUUUAGUAAAUUCACAAACUUGUUCAACCAUCACCACUGUCUAAUUCCAGACUCAUGCUUUUUUAAACAAUAAAUGUCAUUUCAUGAAAUCUUUGGUGAUAAAGUAUUUUGGAUUCAGGGAAGAGGGAAUUACCAGUCCCACCCCCAUCUCAUGGCUGUCUCUCCUUUCAUUGUCAGACUCCCCCUGGUCUCCCACGUUGAUGUGUAUACACUGAUCGUUCAAGUCCAGGGGACAGAUAAGGAGUCCAAGUGCAAGGCAGGGAGGCAGAGAGAAUGUUGUGCUUCCUUCAGCUUUUGUAUUUCAAUGGCCAGCAUUACCCUUUACCUGUGGGCAUCAGACUCAGCAUGGGCUGAGAGCUAAGUGUAACUUACACUCCUAAAUGAAGCUGGGGCCUGGGUGGGUCCCUCUUGGUAUCUGUGAAUCUUUCCAAGCACCACUUUGGACACACCAGGGAUUGAGUGCUGCUGUUAGUUUAGAGAAUGAGAGAUUUCUAACCCUUAGGUGAAGGGCUCUGGGAUGGUCCAAGAAGAUGUAGGCCUCAUUCUCACACUAGCCCACACCAUUCCAGUGCUCAGCCUAGCAAAUGUGCUUUAAUGCACACUUCUCAGACCUGUGAUCCAUGUAUCUUCUCCCCAGUGACAGAAGUAGAGAAGAGAAUGAAAAGCAGCACACUCUGUCCUCUCUAGUCUGGAGCUGUUAACAGAACCUGCUAGAAACUAGCUUUAUUCUAACAUACUGUAGGGUCUAAAUCCUCCUACCUGGAUCAUGAAUUCCUUUUAAAGAGUUCAUAUUUUCAUUGACUUUCACUAAAUGUCAAAUAACCUUGUUUUCACUUCGAUAGGCUCAACCUACCUGGCAUAUUUAUUUCACAGUCUUGUUGAAAGUUCAUGAAACUUUGUACUUUUUAAUAAGAUGAUACACUGGAAAGAAACUUAAUCUCUGCAGUUUAUUCUCUCUUAAGGAAUAAAUACUCCCACUGUUUUCUUUAAUGCGUAAGGAGAUUAAAUGACAUUUUAGAAAUAUUACAAUUAAAAAUAAUGAUAUAGCU